AUGAGUUCAGAAAUACCGACGAAUGUCAAUGUUCCACCCGAAGAAAUACGUCAGUCGAUCGAUAAAACAGUCGGAUAUGUCCUCAAAAAUGGGCUAUCGUUUGAACAGCGCCUUUUAGCCAACAAUACUGAGCACAAAUUCGACUUUCUAACUCCGGAAAACGAAUACUACAACUAUUAUAAAUGGAAGAUUGAUGGAGGUAACACAACCAAUUCAAACAACACUACUUCUAAUGAUUUAUUGAAGUCUCAGUCUACAUCAGAAAAGGCAGAAACGAUGGAACGUCCUCGAAAAUUGAAAUUUCUUGUCGAUCUUCCAAAGAUUUCAGCACUCGAUCUUGAUAUCAUCAAGCUUACCGCACUCUACGUAGCCAAAAACGGAGAUGAGUAUGCCAAAAAACUUCAAAACCACGAGAUUAAAGUUGGAAACAGAGCCCAGUUUGAUUUCGUUAACGAAAAACAUUCGCUUAAUAAACUUUUCAGGCAAUACAUAGAUCAGUAUCUGAUCCUUCUUAAGUUCUACUCGAACCAGCCUGAAGAUGAAGAUGUAUUACAGAUAAAUGAGCAAUUGAACGAUGCAGACAAAAUGAUUUCUAAUGCUUACAAGAGAGCGCAGUACGACAAAAUGAACAAGGUUGAGAGAAAGGAGAAGCAAAAACUAAUCGAACAGAAGCAAGCUCACUUUGCAUCUAUAGAUUGGCAGGAUUUCGCCAUAGUUGGUAUGAUAGAAUUCGAUGCAAUAGACGAAGUCAAAGAAUUGCCAGCACCGUUAUCUCGAGAAAACUUGUUGUAUAGAUCUCUAGAGUCAAAGAGUAAAGACUUAGAGUUGCCAGCACCAGCACCAGUUUCAACUGCAAAGACAGAUGAAGAUAAAGUGAAAGUUGCUACAGUUUCAAAACCUCCAGCUAUCAAAGGUAUGAAAAUCAGAGCUGCUGGUGAAUCCAGAUUGAAGAAAAGUGAAGUUCUGACAACUUCUGGUGUAGAACCAUCUAUCAAAUGUCCUAUAACAGGUAAGAUGAUUCCUGAGCUGAAAUUCGAUAAUCAUCUCAAGGUCCUUUUGCGUGAUCCAAGGUACAAACAAGAACAGGAAAAUUUUGUCCGUAAGAAUUUCUCAUAUGCAUCGAACUUAACUACAGAUCAAGUUUACGAGAACAUCAAGAGGAUAGUAAGGAAAAGAGAUAGUGACAGUGAUCAACCACAAAAGAAGAGACCUCAAAUUGGCCCACAAUAG